AUGGCUUCUCAUGCGUCUACUUCCCCCGGAGUGUCGCCAAAAGUCCUGGAUUUUCUGAGUGCUGUUGGGGCCGGAAAUCUUGGCUUACUCAAGAAGUUGGCUUCGCAACUUGAUGAUGGGAGAGGGAUCGCAAGAACUAUUGCAGAUGUUAAGGAUGACAGGGGACGUGGGGCACUUCAUUUUGCCGCUAUAGGGGGCAAUAUCGAACUGUGCAAGUACUUUUUGGAGGAGUUGAGGCUUGAUGUGAACCUGAAAGAUGUUGAGGGUUUCACUCCUCUUCAUCAUGCUGCUGCAUCGACACAUAUUGAAACAGCAAAGUAUCUAAUAGAUCAAGGUGCCAAUCAUGUUAUACCUAAUAAUAAGGGUCUAACAGUAUUGCAUUACUCUGCUGGGUCAGGCAAAAUUGAAUUGCUGAACUUUCUACUUUCUAAAGGGGUCAACAUUGAUUGUCAAAGCCCUUUAGGCAGCCCUUUAUAUUUUUCUGCUAGCUGUGCUCAGCAAGAUGCUGUAAAAUUUCUCUUACAACAUCGUGCAAACCCAAAUGCAGAAACUGUUGAUCAUUUAACUCCGCUCUUUGCAUCUGUCACUAACAGUUCGCUUGAAUGCUUAAAGCUGUUGAUUCAGUGGGGUGCCAAGGUGAAUGUUACUUUGCCUCAAGGUGCAACACCUCUGCACGUUGCUGCUUUCAAGGGGAACCUCGACAUCAUAAAUUGCUUACUAGAAGCUGGAGCUGAUCCCAACGUCAGAGACGAGGAUGGGAUGACCCCCAUACAACUUGCAGCACGAAGUGGCAAUCGUGCAGCCGUGGAGAUUCUUUUUCCAAAGACUUCAGAAAUCAAAACUAUUCCAUGGAGUGUGGAUGGAAUCAUGGUGUAUGUGCAGGCUGAAUAUGGUGAUAUGGAGGUAAGUGGAGAGGCAAAACAGAAAGCUGCAGAAGCAAAAUCAAGGGGAGAUGAUGCUUUUCGAAGAGAGGACUAUCAAGCAGCUGUAGAUGCUUACACGCAAGCAAUAGACUUUGAUCCAAAUGACGCGACCUUGCUUUACAACCGAAGCCUUUGCUGGAUUCUUUUGGGACAAGCUGAACACGCUCUAGUUGAUGCAGAGGCCUCUAGCAAACUUAGACCAGAUCGGCCCAAAGUUCGCUACAGGGAAGGUGCAGCGUUGCGUAUUCUGCAGGCAUGUGUUCACUUAUUCUCUAGUCCAUUAGGCCAUCAUUGGCGAUAG